GGACACAGUAGAGACGGUAUUUACAUUACUAGGAAAUGUUUAGUCUCCCUGUUCUAGUGCAAUGAGCAAUGAAUAUUCAGAAUGUGAAUAGUAGAAGUCCUGAGAUAUUUUAUUUUAUAGUAGUACCAUAUGGAACUUUCUCCUGAGCUUGAGACCCAUAUAUCUUACUACCUAUGGGAAUCCUAUCUUGGAUUUCAGAGGGCACGUGUGGGCCAAAUCAGCCACUGCUUUUCUCCUGCUUACAACCUUCCAAUACAAUCCCAGUUGCUUUGAGAAUAAGAUCCUACACUUAUUGUAUAAUGCCCCCUACAAUCUGGCCUAAAUUCAAUUACUAAUAAUUCUCUCACACAUUACAUUUGCAUCUCCGUGUUUGGGCUCUUUACAUGAAUGGGCUCUUUACAUGAAACUCUCUUUCCACCGCUGUUGCCUGGAAAAAUCCUAUUUACAGAGAACUCUGCUUAGGUAUCCCUUGUAGGAAGAAAACCUUCACUGAACCCCACGAUUGUGCUAAGUGUCCUUAAGUCUGUAUUUUCAUAGUAUCCUAUGAGUUUCUCAAUUUUUAAUCACCUCCCAUUUUAUAUUUAAAUGAUCUGUUUAUUUGUUCAUCUUUCACACUAACAAUCUGGGAAAGGCUGGAUCAGAUCAUACUUAUCUUUGUAUCCCUAGUACUUAUAUCAAUACUUGCAGAGAAUAUUUCCUUUUUAUUUAAUCUAAAUGAACAGACUUGGGGCACCUGGGUGGCUCAAUCGGUUGAGCGUCCGACUUCGACUCAGGUCAUGAUCUCACAGUUUGUGGGUUCAAGCCCUGCGUCGGGCUCUGUGCUGACUGCUUGCUCAGAGCCUGGAGUCUACUUCAGAUUCUGUGUCUCCUUCUCUCUCUGCCCCUCCCCCGCUCACGCUUUGUCUCACUCUGUUUCUCAAAAAUAAAUUAAAAAUUUAAAAAAAAAAUUUAUAAAUGAACAGACUUGACUUUCUUCUGGCCGGUUAUGUUCUGAGAUCUUGUCACUGAACCUGGUCUUUAAUCUCAGAAGUUGAAGGUUCCCAUAGAACCAGCUGCAAAGUUCCCAGAACACUAACAACACUAUGGCCAGUUAACUGGUGUAGGCUGCUGUGAAUUGGCCUCCCAUAACAGGUCCAGGGCUUGGAGCAGGAGCAGAAAAAGAAGGAUGGAAGCUGACCAAUGCAGAUUCCUGUUUCUAUUAUUUCUUUUCAUGUGCCAACUAUCUCCAGAAGUUGCUGCAGAAGUUCAGGAAUCCUCAGAUGAUUCUGGUGCUUCCCGGGAAACUGUGCAGCUCACAGAUGUCCCAGCUGCCAUGGAAUUCAUUGCUGCUGCUGAGGUGGCUGUCAUAGGUUUCUUCCAGGAUUUAGAAAUCCCAGCAGUGUCCCUAUUCCAUAGUAUGGUGCAAAAAUUCCAAGCCGUGUCAUUUGGAAUCAGCACUGAUUCUGAGGUUCUGGCCCACUACAACAUCACUGGGAACACCAUUUCCCUCUUCCGCCUGGUGGAUAACGAACAAUUGGACUUAGAGAGCAAAGACAUUGAAAGCAUUGAUGCCACCAAAUUAAGCCGCUUCAUUGAGAUCAACAGCCUCCACUUGGUGACAGAGUACAACCCUGCGACUGCGAUUGGCCUAUUUAAUAGCAUGAUUCAGAUUCAUCUUCUACUGAUGAUGAACAAGGCCUCCCCAGAGUAUGAGGAAAGCAUGCACAGAUACCAAAAUGCUGCAAAGCUCUUCCAGGGGAAGAUUCUUUUUGUUCUGGUGGACAGUGGUGUGAAGGCCAAUGGGAAGGUGAUCUCAUUUUUCAAACUAAAGGAGUCUCAACUGCCCGCUUUGGCAAUUUACCGGACUCUAGAUGAGGAGUGGGAUACACUACCCAGAGCGGAAGUUUCAGUGGAGAAUGUGCAGAACUUUUGUGAUGGAUUCUUGGGAGGGAAACGGCUGAGAGAAAAUCAUGAAUCAGAAGAAAAGACUCCAAAGGUGGAACUCUGAGCUCUCCCUGAUACUCCCGAAUACUACUAAGAAUUUACACAAUAUAACAAAAGGGCAACUCAAACUUCAGAGAUGCUAACCAACAGGAUGAACAGGCCUUAAACACACACACACACACACACACACACACACACCUCCAUUUUGUUCCUUAAAAUCUCAUUUACUCUCCUUAUCCUUUCUUUUAAAUUGUCUACACUCUCUCACUACCCAUCCGAUCUUCUUCUACGCAUUCAUACUGUGUAGUCCCAUACACAGCAACACACAUCACUGAAUGGAGCCUUUAAGAGAAAUAUUGUGAUAUUUCUUUGAAGGAGAGGCAUUCCUGGAGGGAGGAUAUUCUGAUUUGUCAUUUAAUAUUGAAUCUUUACACUGCACAGGACGUACAUGCAACAUAGUUUCUGCUCUUUAGUGGUUAAGGGUUGAAACUCUACCUUCCUCAUGAGCACAAGUCCCUGUCUAACUCCCAGCCGAGAACAAAAGGAAGUUUUAAACACCUUUGCAGAACUGCGUUUUUGCCGGGGUCAACCGGUGUUUCCAAGUCUCUAAACUCAGCAGAAACAGACUAUGUAAAAACUCUAUGCUUGUGUAGCAUUCCUAACUCCCCAUGUAAAUCAACAACCGCAUAAUAAAUAAAAAGCAAUAAUGUUAUAAGAAAAGACUGGCAUCUCUUUGCAGGCCAAACCUUUUGUAAAUACCCAGAUGCCCAAUUAAGCAGUAGGCACCUCACCCUUCGGUGUCCACUGUUUAGCGUCCGGCCAUGAGCCACUAAUGUGUUAUUGUUAACUUGGUGGGUGGGAUGGAGAGUGGGUAGAGACCAUCCUCCAUGAGGAUUGGUAUAAAUGUGGCAAAAGAGCUAGGAGUUGAAUUAUGUAAAAGGUUGGGGAAUAGGUAAGGAGGGGGGUACUUGGCUCUGGGCGGGGGCUGACUAGGAGUGGAUUAUUGCAGGUAAGGUGUUCAAUCCAGCCCAUGUGAAACAGAGGGAGAGUUUGGCUGAGUGUCUCUGGCCUACAGGCUGUUACUGUCAACACACAGAUGCUGCAUUGUUCCCAGGAGGCCCUUGGCUCAGAAGGAAAGGGCCUAAGUGCCGAAGAGUUGAAAAACCACAGUGUGCACCUUAAGGAUUGGUCCAAGUGCGGAACAGGGAGUGAAAGACUUAGUUGUUUCUUUCUGUGGGGAAAACUCCACAGCCUCUGAGCUGGGAGUGGACAGCUGGCAAGGACGCUAUGAAAGCAGCAGUGUAUGGCAUGCUCCCUCAGCAACAUGAGACUGAAGGAUUGUGAGGAGGCCGUCCAGUUCACCCAUGGGGAGGAAACCACCCCAUCUUCUCUCUCGAGGCUAAAAUAUAUUCCUAGGGUAGGCACAUCCCAGAAGCCUCUCUUUGAUCCUGUAAACCAGAGCUCUUGACGUCUACAGUCAGGAAAUUCUUCCUGAUAUUCAGCUGAAAUCCUCUGGCCACACAAACCCGUUUCUUCUUACCUGCAAUCCAUGGAAAUUCUUAAUAGCUGCCAAUCACCAUCUCCAAGUGGCACCUCCAAUUCUUACUGGGUGUUCUUAACCUCCUUAUCCAGUCUUGUUUUCUCCCUACCUACAAUCCAACUCUUCAGCUAAUUUGCUUUAUUUCCAAGGCACUUAAUUGGCUUUAUUAUUUUUCCCUCUUCCCUCUUUCUCAAAUUUCCUUCUUUUUUUGCUUAAAAAAUAGCAGAUUCCAAACCACUGUGAGAAUUUGGUAAAUGUCAAAAGAUAAAUUCCCAUGAAUUCACCCAAUAUUCCACAUUGGUCAACACUGACCGCAUCUUUAUAGUGCAUUUUGCUGCUUGAUGACAUGCGACAGAAAUUUUAUUAUAUAUUGUCUUUUAAUGCUUAUCUUUUAUCUUUAUUGUAUUGAAUUGUUCCUUCAGUUUAUGGUUUUCCAGAACUGUGAGAGAUUUUUGCCUGUCUGUGUCACAGUCAAUCUGGUUUUUGUAGCUCUGGCAACUCAUGACCAAAGAAGGGAACUCUUUCAGAAAGAAGAAAUUUCUAAAAUUUCUCAUUCAUUCAUUAAAUAUCAGACUUAGUAUUAUAAAGUUCUACAGUUUCUAGAUCUUCUCUGUCUCUGGAUAAUAUCUUCCUAAGACUCUGCAUUCUUUCCCCAAGGUCAUGUUAUUGUUGAAACAUCUAGAUAUAUGUUAGCUACUUUUCAUGAUGGACUCAUUCUUUAGCCCUAGCUGGCAAGAAAUUGCCAUACUUUUGUUUAAAGUUUGAAGGAAGUGGUGAUGCCAUACAAUAGAACUUUGUAAAAAGAUACUAGAAGAUAGAAG